UUACAAAAUUCGAAUAUUUUUUUAAGUUUGUAGCUCUGCAAGAUUUUGUAUAAAUAAAAACCAAGGAAACCGACAUUAGGAUGUGUUAAAUUUCUAGCAAAUUUACCGUUUCUGUGUGUCGUUAACAAUGCAGAUGUGAUUAGAGAAAAGAAAGGCCAGGAAAAGACGAGGCAAGAAUUCUACGGAAAAAAUAAUUAAAAAAAAGCAGAUGGCAAAACCAGUAGUAAAUGCAAGAGAGGCAGCCAAACAGUACUUGGCAUUACAUCAUAUACCACAGAUGUUUGAAAGUCUGCUAAGUUGUCUCAUGGUUGAAAGACCAGAAGAUCCAGUGGAAUAUAUAGAAAAGAAGAUGACAGAAAUAAGGUCUAUAGGUGUAGAUAAUGUUAACUGGGAAACAUUUGUGCUUUGUCUACAUCCGUAUAGGGACAGUGUAAGAUUACAGAAUAUAAGAGAUGGAAGUAAGUUUGACAGGGAACGAGAAAUUGAAGAGGAAAUAAAGCAUGAGAAAGCAGAUGAUGGCAAGUCCGAUUAUCAACCAGAUGUGUUCAAACUAACUGAGGCUCAGUAAACAGAGUUAUAAUAUAUUGUUAUAGUCUUAUAAAGUAGUUUGUUACAAUAUUUUUGUGUGUAUAUAUACAAACUAAUGGAGACUGAAAAAAAUAAAGUCAAAUUAUAUGGUGCAUUUUAUGACAGAAAUUAAUGAGUGUAGUUUGAAUAUUAGUAUAUAACAAUACCAAUAUUACUCUAGGUAUAGUAAUAACUUAAACCAGUAUUAUGAUUAAGCAUUUGAAAAUAGAAAAUACUAGAGCCCUUUUAUCAAUGUAAGUCUUUUUCUUAGAUGCUGAUUUUGUAGAUACCUAACAAUGGACACACCUUGUCACUUCUGCACAACACUGUAUAACUUUGUAAAUGUAAUAACAAUUGCCCAGUAUUAAAAUCUCACAGCUGUGUUUCAUCUGCUUUUGAGUGGUGAAAAUGGA